AUGAGCCAACAUCUUUCACUACCUAAAGAUAAAAUUCGUUUCUUGUUGUUAGAGGGCGUUCAUCAAAACGCAAUCGACACGUUAAAUGCUGCCGGAUAUACCAAUAUCGAUUACCGUAAAACUGCGCUUGAGGGUGAAGCGUUGAAAGAAGCGGUUAAAGAUGCACACUUCAUUGGUAUUCGUUCCCGUACACAAUUAACUGAAGAAGUCUUUGCAGCUGCGAAUAAAUUGAUCGCAGUGGGUUGUUUCUGUAUCGGAACAAACCAAGUGAAUUUAAAUGCAGCCAUGAUUCGUGGUAUUCCUGUAUUUAACGCACCAUACUCAAAUACUCGUUCAGUUGCUGAAUUGGUUCUUGCAGAAUCAAUUCUUUUACUUCGUGGUGUGCCUGCUAAAUCUGCUUCAACUCACCGCGGUGGUUGGAACAAGUCUGCGGUAGGUUCAUUUGAAACGCGUGGUAAAACUUUAGGUAUCGUGGGUUAUGGCUCUAUUGGUUCUCAACUUUCAGUUUUAGCUGAAAGCAUGGGUAUGCACGUCAUUUAUUAUGAUGCUGUGACUAAGCUUCCUAUGGGUAAUGCACGUCAAGUGGGUUCUUUAGAUGAACUACUUGCAAAUGCAGAUGUUGUUACACUGCAUGUACCCGAUGUUCCUUCAACUCGUAACUUCUUUGCAAAAGCUCAAUUUGCGAAAAUGAAAGAAGGUUCAAUCUUCAUCAAUGCUGCACGUGGUACAUGUGUUGUUAUUGAAGAUUUGGCAGAUGCGAUUAAAUCUGGUCAUAUUGCUGGUGCAGCUGUUGACGUAUUCCCGAAAGAACCUAAAGCCAAUGGUGAAGAAUUUGUUUCUCCACUUCGUGGUCUAGACAAUGUGAUUUUAACACCUCACGUUGGUGGUUCAACCAUGGAAGCGCAAGCUAACAUCGGUCUAGAAGUUGCUGAAAAAUUUGUUGCUUAUUCAGAUAAAGUAAACUUCCCUGAAAUCGCACUUCCAUUGACUGAAGGUAAACACCGUUUACUACACAUCCAUAAAAACGUGCCAGGCGUGUUAUCUAAAAUUAACAAUCUGUUCGCUGAACAUGGUAUCAACAUUUCUGGUCAGUCAUUAAUGACUAAAGGUGAUGUCGGUUACUUGGUGAUGGAUGUAGACGCAACUGCAUCUCAAGAAGCGCUUGAUACCCUUCAUGAAGUUGAAGGCACAAUCCGCGUUCGCGUAUUGUUCUAA